AUGACUAGAGAUGUUAUCCUCAGUGUCAACGCCCUCAAAGACUUAGAUGCUAUUUGGCUACUCGGUCGGAACCAACUGGUGCUUGGUUCUGAAGCUUCUCACUUAGCUGGACAACUAGGUAGAGGACACCCUCUUCGUCCUCCUUCUGCUGUACUACAACCAGCCCUGGAGUUAUGCAACAUCGCCAUAGACCACUCUAGCACUACUGUCCAUCCAGAUCUGCACGGUACUGAUAUCUUACCGGAAGACUUACUCCAAGACCUAAUCAAUUCGACCAAGCCUAAAGCUAAGAAGUCCACCCCCGUUGCUGCUCAUUCCAACGACGAAGACUUGCCGCAAGAUACUACUCCCGACUCUUUCACUUGGGAAUUGUUACCGUCAUCUGAUGACGCUUCUCACGGGCGAUUCAAGCUUCAUAUUCCGUGGAAAAGUGAUGAGAGACCUACCUCCUCAUCUAAAGACCAAUGCCUACGUCGAGCCCUGGCUACUGAUGCUCGCUUAUCUGCUAAACAACGAGGUGAUUAUCUUGAAGUCGUCUCAAGCCUGUUCAAGAACAACUUUGUCGUCGACGCUGCCUCCGAUGUGAUACAUUUUAUCCCUGCUAAGCCGGUCUUUCGAGAUCAUGCUGCCUCCACCAAGACACGUCUAGUUCUCGACCCCUCCGGAGAGCUCAACCCCUUGUGUCACACUGGUCCCCCGGCUACGGAUAACUACAUCGGCGGUACGCUCCUGACCAACCUACAUCUUAGCCGUGCGUCUCCCUACAUUGUCACUGGAGACGUCAGCAAGGCCUUUCAUCAGAUCGUAAUCUUAGAGCUCGACCAAGGCUAUUUUGGAAUGAUCGUCCGCUAUGGCAAAGACCACAUCUCGGCUAAAUGGAGGGUUCUUAUCUUCGGCGCCAAUUUUGCUCCGUCAGCACUAAAUCAGGCCCUUACCUGUUCGGUUGUUCUGGCAGACUACGACUCUGGCUAUCUUUCUCGUCAGCAAGCUAUGGACCUCGACCCUGUCGUAGCUCAAGUCAUCGACACCUACGACAACAACAAGCUCACUGCCUCUGUCCCGGUCACUACAGACUCCCCCGCCCCUCGACUCGGUGGUAGAGUCAGUAUUUAUGUCGAUGAUACUCAGUGCCGUGGCGACGACAUCGAAUCUGUUACUGCUUGUGCUGAUGCCUUGGAUGCCUCUCUACUCCGAAAUGGGUUCGGUACUAAUGUCGUCAAGCGAGUACGUUCUUGGUGCAUGGAGAAUGAAACCUCUUAUCUUGGUUACCAUUGGGACGAUGACUGCUACUUCAUCCGCUUCAAAAAGGAUGUUUCUAUUGCUACUCUCCUAGCUAAAGACAAGCUCACACGCCGUGAGAUCUUCAAGCUGGCUAUGUCAUUCUACGACCCAUUGGGGUUGGCCGUAGAGUAUUCUGCUUCCUUACGCAUGCUAGUACGUCUCAGUUUCCCUACUGCAGACGAUUGGGACUCCUUUGUCGACGACAAGUACUCUCACUCUCUGAUAGCACUUAUCAAGGGUAUUAUCAGAAAUGGCCCUCAGUCGACUCGAUCUCCACGUGCUGUGUCAUUGAGUACCCUCAACGUCUUCUCUGACGCCAGUGGCGAGGCUUCAUCCUUCUGUCUACAUGAUGCUAACUACGUCAGGAUCUAUGCUCAGUCCCAUCUUUGGACUGUGACUCAGCAAAACUGGACGAUGCCCAAGAAAGAGACUAUAUGUUUCUGUGACGCCGUGGCUGCUACCUACGAGUACCUGUCCCUAUUGAAGCGCCUCCAUUAUAAGUUUGAUACUCAGCAAGUCUGCUUCUACUUGGAUUCAAGCUGCACUGUCUAUCGUGUCCGUCGCCUUCGAGAUCAACUUCGACUCAAGGUUAUUACUCCUCUUGAAGUUCGACGACUACGGCAAACUCUCGAGCACCUCUCUGAGAUCACAGCUAUGGGCAUAGCUGUAACGGUCAAGCACCUUCCUGGCCGUUACAACCCGGCCGACCGUGGCACUAGGCCCAUAACUUCUGGUGACCUGCCUACUCUUCCUAUUCCCAGUGAGAUUAAGGCCAAUAUAGAGCUGGCUGAUUUCGCCGACGUUAGCGUCAAGAUUGCUACCCCUCAACAGUCCUCUGCAACCCCCAAGACUGUUGCUAUCUUGCAAGUGGACGAGCAUCCCUGUGCCAGAGACCUGGAGAACCAAUUCCCACUAGAAACUAUACGUCAAUUACAACAAGACCAUGCUCGUACUUACAAUAUGAUCCACACUCUCACGCAUGUCACCACUAAUGAAGUCCCGGCCAACCUCCGACUCUACUCGGUCUCCGACGGCAUUCUAUACUUUCAUGGUUGUACCUCUGUGGCUAACUCAAGGUCCGAGAAAGCUCUGCCUGUGCUACCUCCUACUACACCGGCCAUCAAUUGUCUACGAGACCUUCAUGAUGCUAUGGGCCAUCCCCCUGCCAGUGCUACAGUCACUCUAUUUCAAACUUUCUACUAUCUACCUAAACUAAGAGCUCAUCUUCGCCGUAUCAUUGGUGAUUGUGAUACCUGUCAACGUAAACGCCGUCGGAAUGCCUAUAGGUCUCAAGGAGGUGUUGUUCAACCACCUGGCCUUUCUUUCGACGUCGGUAACGUAGUGGUCGUGGACCUUCAAGGUCCUCUGGUGGAUCCUUGUGCCCCUGCCUCUGAUGCUAAAAACUGGAUUCUCACCAUCUUAGACCCUGUCAGCUUCUCCGUGGACUACGAUGUGCUCAACUAUCCUACAACCUCGCUGAUCAUCAAUGCCCUCGAGAGAAACUUUGCUGUCCGUGGCAUACCUAUGGUUCUAGUUAGCGAUGUCGGUUCAACAUUCACUUCAGCCCCAUUCCUCUACUUUCUACGUUCUUGGAAUGUUCGUUCUUGCUGGCUACCACGUGAUGCUAGAGGUUAUGGUGGUUUCCACGAGAGGUAUCAUGGCCAACUACUAGAACAAAUACGUGCAAGGCUUCUGGACGCUUCUCAUCUACCCGACCCUAUUCCCCUAAGGACUAUCGUUGCCGAGAGUGUCAGUGCCCUAAACCGUCUCCCUCUCUAUGAUCUAGGCGGUAUCUCUGCUCAUGAACUACACUACUGUCGUCGCCCUCGCUACCCGAUAGGUAUCGAGGAUUCUGAUGAGAACAGCGUGACUCUUGACAAACUUAAAAACUGGCUUCCUUCUCUCUGCAUCCUAGAUCCCCAACGAGAAGUUCUUCAUGACGAGCUCGCAACUAUGGCUAAUGAAGUUGCUACUAGGAGAUGCUCCUCACUACUCAACUUUUGGGAUCUGUGGUGUGAACGUUCUGAUCGCGUCCGUCAACGCUUUGAGAAGCUACCUCUACCUCGAGCUACUUUACUCCGCUACAAGCCUGGUGAUCUGGUAUUGAAGUUCCGCCGAGGCAGUCUCAAGCAACAAUCCUGCUGGUCUGGUCCCUUUCGAGUAGUCGACAGCUCCGAAAGCAACACUCUGUACCGUCUGGAAACUCUCGAUGGCCGCCGUCUAAGAUAUCUCGAGACCGUCUUCAAUUUACGCCGCUAUACUCCUCCAGUGGACAACGUCGAUUCCUACGCCUACAAUCCAGACGAGGCCCCUAUCCCUGAAGCUCCUCUACAAGAAGCCGGUAACGACGAUGACGACUUGGUCUAUCUUAAUCUAUGA